AAGGCCAAAAUUCCCCAAGUGGAACUAAAGCUGUCAGCGGUCCAUAGAGCCAACCCACCCAUUAAAAAUAACAGAUUUAAGACUUGAGAUUUACUAAACGAUUUCCGUAGACCUAUUACGUUUAAGCGUUUGACAAUAUUUUUUUACCAAAUGGCGUUGUAUAUUUAGUUAGUACAUCGUGACAAAGAAAGAACAUUACUAAUGUGCCAACAGAGUUUUGUAAGGUUGUUGUAACAUUUUGUUCGGAGGAAGUGACAUUUCCCACAGUCAGUUUGGUUUACGUGCAGCAAUUUUGUGAUAACGGAAGCAAAAGGUUUUGGGUGUUGCAAUGGAAUCGGAACAUCAGCCUAAGCUGAGUCCUGUGAGGGCCUUCCAAGUGCUUCAUGGCUGCAACCCUGAGCCUGAGGAGCUGUACACCAGCCUCUCUGAGUACCACGAUUACGAGCCGAGCUUAGAGUUCGAUGAUUCGGAACUUAUUCAAACUUCAGGCCUUGCGCCUCUCCCGCCCGAGCUGCUGGAUAUUCCUGACGAUCUCCCCAGCGAUGGUACCAUAGAAGAGAACUUUGAAGAGGAGCUGGCGACGGCCCCUGAAGUAUAUGCAGAGAUCUCGUCGUCGGCAGAGGAUUGCUUCGCGGAGCUGAACGGCACUGGUCUGGUGGAAGUGGUGGGGGAUGACGAGGUGGGCAGGCGUAUCAUAGUGGUGUCGGCCUGCAGGCUGCCCCCCAGCAAGGACUUGCACCCUGAUAAAUUACUUAGGUACCUGAUGUUUACACUAGACAAAUACGUGGAACAAGACUACAGCGUGGUAUACUUGCACUGCGGCCUCACAAGCAAAAACAAACCGCCUCUAUCUUGGCUGUGGAAGGCCUACAAGGCUUUCGAUAGAAAAUACAAGAAGAAUCUAAAAGCUUUAUACUUAGUACAUCCAACGAAUUUUAUUCGCAUAGUAUGGCAGAUGCUGAAGCCGGCGAUUAGCGUCAAGUUUGGAAGGAAAAUGAUGUACGUCAAUUACUUGCAUGAGCUGCAGCAGUAUAUGAAUCUGGAUAAGCUGUGCAUACCUGACGCCGUCCUUGAGUAUGAUAAAUUGUUGCUGUCCAAGAACCCCAGGGCUGCGGAGUCGGCCCGUCAGAACACAGUUCCUACGGAAACGUCACCAGUAGCGAAGUACAAAAAGAAACCGAAGAGCAGUCUGUCUCCGCCCCCUACGCAGCAGUUCGGCGUCUCACUGGCGUUUAUAAAAGAGAACAAUACAAACAUGGUCGGAGCUAUCCCUCCGGUCGUACGGCAGUGUGUUGAGUUCCUGUCACAGCCCGAUGCUUUAGAAACGGAGGGCAUAUUCCGUCGCUCGGCGAACAUGUCGGUCAUCAAGGAGUUACAACGUGCUUGCAACAGGGGCGAGCCUCUGAGGUUCAGGAAUGACCCUCAUAACGCUGCGGUGCUUCUAAAGACCUUCUUCCGCGACCUGGAGGAACCAUUGCUCACCUUCGACUUGUAUGACGAGAUUAUGGAUUUCCAGAACUGGUCCGCCCGAGACAAGCCGAGAAAAGUGAAGAUUUUGAUCCUCGAGCGACUGCCGUUAGACAACUACAAGUUGUUGAAAUACGUGUUCCAGUUCUUAUGGAAGGUUCAAGAUAGGAGUUGUCUGAACAAAAUGACGACAAAUAACCUCGCAGUGGUCUUCGGGCCCAACUUGGCUUGGCCCCCGAAUGGCCAGAUGUCGCUACUGUCCAUAGCUCCUAUCAACAACUUUACAGAUUUCCUCUUAGCACAUCAGGAGUCCAUAUUCAUCAUCUAAACACUUCUAUCAAACUAUGCCUGUAACAUUGUCUGUAUGCAAACACACAUAUGAAUAUUUGAGAAAUGUUGAAUUAGAAAUGCCAAAUUUUUGUUAGAACCUUGAACGGUAGGCUAUGUAAACUUGACAUUCUGUAUUGACUUGACACAGCUGUACUUCAUUUAUUUAUACGCUAAACUUGAAAAUCGGAUUUACACAAUAGUUUUGGUAAUUUUCAUUUUUUUGCUUAUUGUUUAUAUAUUUGCAUAAUAUAUAAUGCAUAAUGUCUGUGUUUGUAUGUGAAAUGUAUUUCUUGUUGCGACUUUACAAUAUAUGUAAUUUUUGAAAGACGCUUAUUAAUGAUGCAUGUGCCAGUUAGCUUUGACCCCCUCCAAUCACAAAUAGAAAAAAAUAUGAGUGAUUUCAUAAAUCACUACUAGUCACUUAAUCCGACUCAGUGUCAGCAAUAUUAAACUGCUUCCUUCACAAUCGCUAUGAAAUACUGCUUUUGCUUUUUACUACCAAUAAUAAUACAAAUACACAACUUUAAAUUCUUCUAUAGAGUACUCUCUACUACUUUACUAAUCUAUGUAAAAAAAUAUAGUAAACUAUGCAUAAUAUUUGGUAAACCAAAAUAAUAAUAAAAAAACAUGUUAAAGAGCUGUUAAUUUGCACAAAUAUUAAUAAAUAUGCAAUUCAAUAAAUCUAUUGCAUUCUACUAUGGGUAGAAAUUAUAUAAUGUCCAUAGAGAAUCAAUGUCAAUGCAAUAUUCAUAACGACUGGAUAAAUAACAUUGCGCUUUCAUUUACGCUAUUUAGGGAACGGGGUGAAUCGAUAAAACUUAACCUCGAUUGCGUAUACUUUUAAUCGAUUACCGCUUAUUAAAGUUGUGUGCAAAGCGCUUGACCUUACACGAAGACAUGUAAUUGACUAAUUAAAGCUUCUAGCUCGAUAUUAUUUAUGCUAUAAUUAUUAUAAAAGUUGCAACUUCAUGACUUACUAUAAAACUGAUGAUAGUAUAGACUGCGUGCAAAGGAACACAGGUUCACGCACACGUUAUACAUGCGUUAUUCAUAGCGGCUGGGAUGUACAAUCUUUUUUUCAAUUGUUGUAUGAUUCGAUAAAAUUCUAAUUUCCGAGAGGUAGUGAUUUAAAUACGAAAGUCAGAGCUAGUUGAUCUGUAAAAAAUGCGACAUCUUAGGUCGGUUACAGUGGUGAUAAAAAAGUAAACACUUCAUAUACUUCUUCAUAUAGUAUGGAUUACAUUUUACUUAUAGAAACUAGACAUAAUAGUGCUGAAAACAGACGCAAGGAAUAGAUAGUUUUCCCUAAGUAAAGUUCAGCUGUUCGCAUUCAUUUUAAAGAAACUUGAUGUGCUAAAAUAACCUUAGAAGCGACAGAAAAAGUGUAGAAUCGACACAGCAGAGAUAGACUUCUGGACCAUAUUAGCACCACCAUUAAUGCAAUAGGCUCAAGAUCUUUCUAUGGCAUCUCUAAAUCCGAACAAGUGGUAACGAAGAGUUUCCAUGCAGUCUCUUGCCAGUUCUUCUCCAAGAGACCAACUCCUUGGAACCGUGCAACUAGCUUGACUUUUCAUAAGAGCUUGGACGAAUUUAUGGAUUGGCGUAAAACGGUACCUUCGCACCGCCUCCCGGACUAUGACCUGCGUUUAAAUUACAUAAUCGAGGUUCAAUAUUAUGUUAUGGAUUCAUUUCAUUGAAAAGCACGAGGGACAUAAAGGUUCGUUACAAUUUCCACGGCAGAAGAUUUCUUUUCAAAUUUUUAGCUUUAUAAAAUACACUGGCUAGAUAAAAAUGAGGUUGGCUUCUUUUUACGGUUCAGAAUAGCAUAUGUUCUUAGACCAGCAUGAUUGGUGGUCACGUAUACCUUUGUCAAAAUUAAAUAUUCUCAUAAUGUAACUUGGCAUUCAAAUAAAUCAUUCCUUUUUUAUUACGUAUUGUUUACACGUAAUUUCCGGCACUUGUAUGCGGCAUUUAUCUACAACCGUUUGCGUUUAUUCCAAACUUUAAAAUUUAAUGGGAGGUUUUCUUUUUGAGGAUUUAAAAAACAAUAGUUUUUUAAAACUCGUUAGAUGACGUUUUACCUGCUACUGGGAUUUAGCCAAAACGCCAAGACUUCUGCACAAAUUGAUCUCAAAAUCUCUUGGUACGGACUACGGAAAGAAUUUUGUUAUAAGGCCUCAAAAUUAUGACAUUGCUAAGAUAUGAUCCUUGCAGUAACGUACCAAGAACAGCGCCAUCUAACCAGCAGCUAGGUAAAUAAUUAUAAAAAAUAAAAUCUCUCAUUCAUAUGGGGUGAUCAGUUUGUUAUUUGGUAAGAAAACCUUUUUCUUUGACCCGAAGUGUUACACUUGAUAAAUGCCGAGGAAAAAUGGUUUUGUUGCUAAAUUAUUUCGCAAAUUGCAAUGGACUGAUAGAAAUUAAUGGAUCUGAAGAUACAGGACUGUGGUCGUGUAGAUGUAGGAUGGAAUUCUUACGGGCUACAAUUCUAACUAAACCAAUUCUAAGUAAAAUAUCUGAUUGACAAUACAAGUGGUUGAUCCCACAACUAUGUAUAUUUAAACAUUUUAACAGAUAUUGGUACAUUGACGAUUGUAGCCCGUAUGAUGUUAUUAAAUAUCAAAGUUUAUACAACUUUCGAUAUUGUCUUCUUGUACUUUGUCUUGUAGUAUAAUAAAUAAUAAAAAUGAUUUUAAUAUGUAAAAUAAUAUGACUAUUAACACAUCAUAAUGUACCUUACCUAUGUUUGUAUGGGGUUGAUGGGGUAAAUUAAAUCUAGUGUCCCAUUGAUGUAGACAUUAAGUUUAUCUGAAGUAGAUUUAUAAUAAGUUAUUAUUCUUUAAUUAUGUUAUCUGAUUGAGGUUUGCAGACCCGUAAGGCCAUGUUCACACUAUGUCGUUAGGGUUGUAUUAUUGUUCACCUGUUUCCAUAAUCAAGACUUGAUAUACAACUGAUAUCUGUCCGUUCGCGUACUAAUGUUAACUAAUAUUUGAUAUUUUGUGUGCAGAAGCUAUUGGUGCACUUUUAUAACUUGAUAAUUACUAACCAUUACAAUAAUAUCGGUCUUUAUGGCAGAGUGGGAAUGUGGGCUUAAGCAAAGUACCUGUAGUGUGUUCAAUGCAAUGUAGGCGUAUGAAGUGACUUUUUGAACGCACUGUACUAAGAUAAGUGUUAUUUAAGGUACGGGUGUGAAGCCGACUGCAGCAAACGACAUGUCGAAGAGCUAUGUCACCACUGGACAUGUCAGGUGACCCUUGUAGUACUUUUUUUUGACUGUGUUGCAAUUUGUCGGAUUAUAAUAUACUCCUUCAAAAGUAUGCUGAUUAUAAGGGGGUUUAGGGCUUCUUAUAGUUCCAGAAGCCAGUCUUCUUGCAAGGGCAUGUCGCUUGCUGCAGUUACGCGUCCCUCGUACCUUUAUCAAGGCUUACUUCGCGAAGGAUAACAUAUGGAAAUUAUAAUUAAAUAGAAUUAAUAUUAAGAUUGUAUACCAAAAAUAACAAAGAGUAGUGGUUAUAUAGUUUUAAAAACACAUCUUUAUUAGUAAAUCAACAAUUUUAUGUAUGUAACUGUAUCAUAGGUGUUUAGGGCCUCUUUAUUAAUAUAUCAUUGGUUAGUAUUUUAUUAUUUAAAGCCAGUACAUGUGUGCUACGUAGGAUGUAAUCUCUGCUGCAAUUUGAUCUGUUUGUCAUUUUUUUAUGUAAGUUCAAAGAAUUUUCUGGAAACGAUAAGAAGAGUAGAAUUAUUGCUGGAAAGGUUUAUAUUUUAUUUCUUUAUUGUUCAGAUCAAUCAGAUAAUUAACAUUAGGUAUUAAAAUAUAAUUUAUAGAAUAUGAAUAUUUAUAGAAAUGGUUUCACGAAUUCUCACUCAAUGUUGAUAUCAAAUAUUAUAUACAAAAUAUAUGCAGGUAAAAUGUUGUUUGAUAAGUAAUGUAAUAAAUAACAAUUCAGAAUGCUUUAUACUGCAUAUGAUAAAAAUAACGUUUUUGCAUAUGAAUAGUAUGUAGUUGAUAUAAACGUGACAAGUUGAACGGGGUUCAUUAUGCAAUAAUGCCCUGACUGGAGCAUAAUCUUUCUAUUAAGCCAGUUAACUCGCCAAUUUGUUACUCCGAUGCAAGCUUGUAAUAUUUUCGAAUUAUUAUUCUGCAUCGGUUUUGAUUUCCAAGCAAUUUAUUAUCUUCGUUAAACUACCAGAUAAUAGGGCACUACUUCCUAUGAAAGUCCGGAUAUAUAGGUUACAGCAAUUAGAAAUAAAAUGCUAAAUGUUUGCACAAUUAAAAUGACGGCAAAAAAUAUCUGCCUAGUAGUUUUGGAAAUAAAUUGCAACAUCAUGUAGCAUUAUGGAUAAGAAUAUGGAUUUUAUACUGUUUUCAGCGUGCAUACCUAUGUACUAUCCAUAUAUAUGUAUCUAUGUCUUGAUAUAAAACAAAUCAAAAGCUGAAAAACCGUGCCAUUGUUAAAAAGUAGCAUAAUAAUGAUUAUACAAGUCACAAAAUAUAUCACGUUAUAUAAAGUAAUAAAGAAUAUUGUCAAAUAAUGUGCCCGUAAAUUAGAUAUGUAUUGAAAUUUAUAUCGACUACUCAUGUUGUAAAUAGAAAAUGAAUAGAUUUAUCAAUAGUUUGUAAUUGUUUCCGUGAAAUGUCGGUAGAUGGCGCUUUGUCUAAUGACAAGCGAAGUGGGUCGGCGUGUGAGUCAGACUCGCAUCGGACCGGUUUGUCGAGCACAAUUAUUUAAAAAAUGAAAGUAACUGUACGUCAUAAACAUCGGAGCAAGCUUACAGUUAUUACUAUCGAGAUACCGCCAUACAUACAGAUGAACAAUAACCCCAUUUCGGGUUAAGUAUUAUUUUAAAACGCGUUUAAAAUACUGCGUUUAUAUAUAUAUGUACAUGUAUAUUUAAUUAUAAUAUUAGUUAUCAUUCCAUGAGGAAACUAUCUUUUUGUUGUAUAAAACAACGAAAUUAUUUAGCACUUGAAAGUAAAUUUAUGUGUAACCGGAAAGGGUAUUUAUAAUGGCCUGUUUUGCUACGUGUUAACAUUCGGUUAUUACUUGUCUAUCAGAUAAGUUUAUAACGUUAAAUACUGAAUUUAUUUGGUAUUUGAAGCACACCUGCUAAAGGCCCUUAGCUAUUAAAAAUCUAAUAGAUGGUGUUUAUUUCGUUGGAUUAUUUCUAUAGCUUUAUGAAAGCUAUAGGCUUACUAAUAAAAUUGUAUAGUAUACAACUGAAAAAUAAUGUUCAAACUUUUUCACAUUUAUAACAGACCUACCUAUCUAAACAUUCCUUUUGUGCAACUUUAUAUCCGUACCACUAUACAUAAAAGGAUUCAUAAAAUUAUAUAGGCAAAUCAUCAUUGACUAUACAGUUUUUAUUAGAAGUACCUAUUGUCUAAAAUCUAUCUUUUCUUUAAUUUAGACGUAGUUUUGUAUUUUUAGAGUUAAUUGUUUAAAUAUUAAUAUAUAACUGUUAACAAAAUAAAACACUGUAAUAACUUGAAUAAAAAAUACAUAGUACCAA